UUGGUCUCUCUCAAUUGUCGGUGAGGCCGGCGGGCGGAUCCCACAUAAUAUAGAAAUAAGAAGAUAAAGUAACUUAGCACAAGCCUAGGAUUUUUUUUUAUUUCUUAAACGAAUACUUUGAUCCUUUGUGGACUCAUAGAGCCGAAAAGAUAUUUCUCCGCCUCAUCCCUGUUCUCUCCACGCUCCCCCGUGUCCACAGAUGCCCUCAGCGAUGAUUGGCAACAGGACCGUUCAGUCCUCAAGCCCAGACGUGGGGUCCGCUCCUGUCCAGUUCACCAUCGCAGGCCAGUCCUCCGGAGCCCAGACCGAGGCCAUGAAGCAAGUGUUAGGUGUCAUCGACAAGAAAGUCCGAAACAUGGAAAAGAAAAAGGGCAAGCUGGAUGACUACCAGGCUAAGAAAAACAGAGGAGAACGCCUCAAUCAGGACCAGCUGGAAGCCUUGGCCAAGUUCCAGGAAGUGACCAAUAACCUGGAGUUUGCUCGGGAGCUGCAGAAGAGCUUCCUCGCGUUGGGCCAGGACAUCCAGAAGGCGGUGAAGAAGGCUGCGCGGCGGGAGCUCCUGCAGCGGGAGGAGGCGGAGCAGAAGAGGCUGAAGACCGUGCUGGAGCUGCAGUUCCUAUUGGACAAGCUCGGCGACGACUGCGUCCGGGCGGAGCUCAAGCAGGGGGUUGGCUCCUCCCACCUGCUCACGGACGCCGACCUCGCCGCCCUCGACGAAUUCUACAAGCUGGUGGGACCCGAGAGAGACCAGAGCAUCAGGCUGGCUGACCAGUAUGAAGAGGCCUCUCAGCACUACUUGGAGCUGCUGGAGGGGAAGGACAAGGCCGUGGCUGGAACCACUUAUAAAGCCCUUAAAGAGACCCUGGAUAAGCUGCUGUCCAGCGGCUACUUCGACAGAGCUCACUCUGACGGAGCGCACCAGAACGGACUGUGUGAGGAAGAGGAGGAGGAAGAACAGCCAGCAGCAACAGAGUCGCCUGAGGCAGAGGAGCGGCCUGCACAGCCAGAAGCUGAGGCUGCUGAAGAGUACACAGAGCAGAUCGAGGUGGAGUCCACCGAGUUUGUAAACAGACAGUUCAUUCCAGAAGCUUCCUACGGCAGCGAGACGGAACAGAGGGACGAGUGGAGCUCAGAAGCGGAGAUGGUCAGUGCCAUCCAGCAGCAGCAGGCUCCACCCACGCAGUCGGCCCCGCCCCCCGUGGCCCCGGAGCCCCACCCACUGCAUUCGGCGAGCCCUGUGGCCCCUGCCGAUCCCGUGGUCAGAAAGCAGGCGGUGCAGGACCUGAUGGCUCAGAUGCAGGGUCCUUACAACUUCAUGCAGGAUUCCAUGCUGGAGUUUGACGGACAGGUGCUGGACCCGGCCAUCGUGUCGGCGCAGCCAAUGAAGGCGGGGCAGAGCAUGGAGCUCCCGCAGAGGGUGUGCCCUCCAGUUCACCCGGAGUCCCGGCUGACGCAGCCCGGUGCCGUGCCGGUCCUGACCGAGACGACGCAGGUCCCCAUGGUCUCCUCCACACCCGAAGCGUUCUCUACAGUAGCCCCCCUUUAUCAGCCCCCCCUCGCCACAGACCCUCGGCCGCAGACGGACCCCAUCGACCCCAUUCAGGCCUCCAUGGCGCUGUCGGCAGAGCAGCCCCCCGCCCCCUCGCCCCUGCCCUCCGCAGCGCAGACCCAAGCGUACCAGCCUGUCUCCAAACCCCUCCACAGCGGCGGCAUCAACGUCAACGCCGCGCCCUUCCAGUCCAUGCAGACGGUUUUUAACCUGAACGCCCCGGUCCCCCCCGCCGAUGAGACGGACCCCCUGAAGCAGCCGGGGCAGUACCAGGGCGGGUACGCUCAGGGCUUCAGCGCUCAGACACAGCACGCCGUGGACCCCCCCGAAAUUCAGCCCGACCAGCUGCAGUCUGUUGUUGGUGCCUUCCACAGCCCAGACCAGUCCCUCCCCAGCGCGGGGGGGCCCCAGGCCCUGUCCCAGCAGGCUCAGCAGCAGGGGGCGGCGUUCGGCCGGCCGGGACAGUCCUUCUACAGCAACAGGGCCAUGACCCGGGGGAGCCCCCGAAACUCCCGCGGCGUCCUCAACGGCUACCGGGGCCCCGCCAACGGGUUCAGAGGCGGAUAUGACUGCUACCGGCCUCCCUUCUCCAACACGCCCAGCAGCACGUACGGCCAGCCCCAGUUCAGCUCCCCCAGGGACUACCCCAACAACGGCUACCAGAGGGACGGGUACCAGCCCAACUAUAAGCGUGGAUCUGGGCCGGGUCAGGGCCCUCGAGGUUGCUCUCGAGGUCGAGGGGGUCCAUUCAGGCCCAGCAGGGGGAUGUCCCAUAUGACAGCACAGCAGGCCAACUAACCCCCAAAAUCUCCUUAACCCCCCCCCCUCCCCCUCCCCCUUUGCCUCCUACCUCCCACCCCUUGCACCCAAGAACUCCCCCCACCACCUACAGCCUAUCCAGUAUUGGCCUCUGUACUGAAGCCCUGAUAGUUCUCCUUAUUCCAAUGUGUAGGGGCACUCCAAAUUCCCUCGCCCCCCCCCUAAAAAAAGGACAUGGUGAACUGCAUGAAGGGGGGCAAAAGCUUGAAGUCUGUGAAGCCAUAACCCCCCACCCCAGGUGUCUGUUUUUUCCAGCCCAAAGCUUUCCCAUCAUCCUUUGCUGUUUGUAGCCUUAAAGAACACCGACCUGGCAGCGGGUGACUCCUGUGCCUUUGCUAAUGGCCGAAGCGCGGCGCGAUGCUAGCUAUCGUCAGCUGUACCGGGAGCAGGUUUGAGUGCCGUCUCGCCUGUGGCCAAUCCAAGCGUGUGAUCCUGGCCCCGCCUCUCCCUUGGAGCCCUCUGCCGCUUGGCGAUGCACUGGAGGACGCCGUCGUGGACCACUGUCCCCAAACUGGACUUAUUUACAGUGGACAGACGUUGGAACGAGGGAGUCUGAACCGUAGAACUGUUCACUGUGUCUGUGCUUCUGUGGUGAAGCGGAAAGAGCGGUUUAAUGCGUGACUCGAACGCGGAUAGUGUGGUUUAAUGCCUGACUCGAACGCGGAUAGUGUGGUUUAAUGCCUGACUCGAACCCGGAAAUUGUGGUUUAAUGCCUAACUCAGACUGCUUUCUGAAAGCGCUUGUGGCUCGGAGACAGCACAAGACUGGAAUCUGAGCAUUCCUAAGGGAAAUGAAUCUCCACAAAUAUUCCUUUAUUGAGGGGGGGGGGGGAAACACUCACGCUUUGCACAUUUAGCAGUUCAAGAAGUCAAAACCGCUGUGCUGCUUCAGUCCCUGAGUAUCCGCAGUUUCCCCACCACGACGGCAGUCUUUAGCGGCUAACUGUAGCCCUAGCACGGAGAACCCACGUGGUGGCCUACGUUUUUCUCUUUUUGGUAAAAUUUCAAUACUGAACCCGCAAUUAGUUUUCGUUUUUUCCAACAGACUCAAGCGGUUUGUUCCCCCCCCCCAGCCUCCGGCAUUCGUACUUCAUUUAAAAUGCCGAUGAGUCAGGUUGGAAGAACUCCUUACAACAGUGGUUCUCAAACUCAGUGCCAUGGAGGGCCGUGUGCAUGCUGCGUUUUUAUUCCAGCCUCAGAUCUUGAUUAUAUAAUUAGUUCAAUUAUUUGCUGAAUUAGGGAUGCAGGUUUGCACAUAGUGGUGAUCCGACGUCUAUGGUGGACCCGCAUUGUCCAAAUAAAAACUUGCUUAUAUUCUGUGCUUCAAUGCAGUUACACGCAUAUGGCUGAAUGAGUAAUUGGACUCGAUUAAGGCAGCAUUAAUUGGUUGGAAUGAAAACCUGCAUACACACGGCCCUCCACGGCAACGAGUUUUGAGACUACUGCCUUACAACAUUCUGUACACUCUUUUUUCUGGAAAGAAAGAAAAAAUAAUUGUCACGUUUUCUCAACCUUGGUCCUGUGACGUGCAGGUGUGUGUAUCAGUCCAGUCUUCCUCUUGAUUGAAAUAAUCAUCUCGAUGCGAACUGGCAUCUAUCCAAAGCUCCCGAGUCUGCGGUUUGACUUGUAAAUCUGUAUGGAUGGGUGUUCCCAUGGGGCAGGGUUGAGUACCUGGUAUACAUAUGGUCCUAAUCUCGGAUUAGAUUAUUUUUACCUGUUUUGAGCACUGUUGUCAUCUGCUUUAGACAUAGGCCGAUUCACAGGAGUGUGUCUGUUUACAUUUUAAUUAUGAUAAAUAUAGCCAUAGUUUGGGACAAUCACAUGCGCCUCCCCUCCCCACCAACACGCGGUUGUUUUGUUUUGUUUAUGUGGAUUAACUGUGUUUCCCCCUCUCGUUCAUUAUUACGGAUGAAAAAAAUAUUCACUUAAACAUUUUUUUAUUGAAGGACACUUGAUAGAACUGUGUUGUACAACAACUAUUCAAUGUUUUUCAUGGGCCUUUGGAGACUGAAGACUGUAUGCUUAAAGUAAACAGAUUGUGUCAUUAGACAAAAGUACCCAGGAGUUUUGCAGUGAUGAAAUGUGAAGAUAGUAUGAGAAAUAAGAACUUGGAUGUACUAAUUCCUCCAUCUACUAGCACAAAGUAAUGUCAGAUUACAUGUACGUGUUAUCUUUAUUAACAAACUGCACAG